AUGCCUGCCGCCCGAGGCUCCGCCAGCGGGCAGACCUUCCCCUGCCCCGACUGCGACAAGACGUUCUCGCGCAAGGAGUACAUGGCCCGGCACUACCGCUCGAAGCACAGCAAGGAGAAGCCGUUCCAGUGCGAGUUCUGCGACCAUGCCUUCAGCCGCAGCGACUUGCUCCGCCGACACUACAAGACGUGCGCCGAGGCGAAAGCACGACGAGGCGAGACGAGUGCCGGCGCCUCGCCUCCUACCAGGCGCAACUCGGCUGCAUCCAACUCGACAGGGAGUGCUGGAGCGCGUGCUCCGCCUGAGCCGCCCAGGACGACUUACGAGAUGCCCUACGCGAGCUCGUCCGCUACUACCGCCAUGCCUCAUCCCUCGAACAAUCCCCUUCUCCCGACUCCUCCGCCGUCCUACUACGCCCACAUGUCGAUGCCAAUGCCCGAUCACCCGAUGUACGGCCUUGCUCCCGCCACAGGCAUGCAUUCGUCCUUCUCGAUCGCCUCGGGCGAUGGGACCGCUCCGUCGCCCGAGAACGGCCCCUCCCCCUUCUCGACCUUCUCCAACUCGUCCAACUUGACGCUGUCGAGUAACUCUCCCCAGACACCCUUCGCGACCGAUGCGAGCCUCCCACCCGCGCCCUCGUAUCCCAUGCUUGGCAUGAUGUCCGCACAUCCGCCUCAUCCCUCCACCUCCUCCGCCGUUCCUUCCGCACCGUCGACUUCUUCGCACCCUCACUCUGCAACAACCACGCCCACGACGUCCUCGACCUCCGCCUUCAAAUCUGGCUCGCUCUCGCACGACACCCUCGCGCCAGGCCUCUCGCGCACCGGCUCGUUCACUCGCGACGAAGUCCUCGCGAGCGAGGUCUUGCGGGACUUGAUGCGCUCACCGCUCGGAAUGAGCGGCGCGACGCCGCCUGUCUCGACUGCGGCGGCGGGAGGGAUGGCGUGGCAUCCAGCGACGAAUGCGCAUGGUCAGCACGAAGCGGUGCAAGGUCGUGGAGAAGGAGCGGGAGGAGUGAGCCCGGGAGGAGACGCGCAUGACUGGGCUCUGUCGAGCGUUUUCGGCACGACAACCGCGGGCGGGGCAGCGAAUGGUGUUCUCGUCUCGGCGCCGUAUGCCGGACCGGCUGUCACGCCACAUAACAAGCUUGAGGAGACUCCGGCUGCUCAGGCGCUGGCUGAGUACUUCAACAAGGGCGGUGUGGGUGGGAUCACGGCGCUCGAUCUGGGCUUCCCAACGGAACCGAGUCUCUUCCCGGAUUGGAUGUUCAAGGCGCCGACGGUAUACGAGGAGGAGAAGCGGUUCUGGAUGCCCGAACAGAAGUUUUGCCUCGGUUACCUCUACCCUUGGCACGUCCCGCCUCUCCCCGUCCUCUCAGGCUACGCGAAAAAAGCGACAGAACGCCUCCUUCCCGCCAUGCCGAUCGUCCACGCCCCUUCGGUCGUUCUCAACGAGAUGGAGGUCCAUACGGCUUUCGCCUUGACGGUUGCUGGCGGAGCGUACGAGCGCGAUGGUCAGAGCUUCAGCAACGAGAUGCUCGUCGAGAAGAGGGUCUUCCUCGUUCGAGGCUUUCAGGAGAAGAGCAAGACGUGGGAUCAGAAGUUUGCGUCGCUCCAGUCGAUGCUGCUUUACCAGCUUCUCGGCCUCUUUCACCGCGACGAGCAGCAACGAUUGCUCUCGCACUCCUUCCACUCGGCCCUCGUCUACAUGUUGCGUGCGCUCGACUUGCCGACCAAAGUUCGCGAGGCGAGCGUUUCGCCGCCGAGAGAGGACAUGCAGGGCGAAGAGCUCGAAAAGGCGUGGCGAGAUUGGGUCAAGGUCGAGACUUGGCGGAGGGUCGCCUUCAUCGUCUUCCUCACCGACCUCGAGCACGCCGCCGCGACGAAGACGAAUCAGCUCCUCUCGCUGGGCGACCUCGACAUCGACCUCCCAGCCGCUGAGCGAGCAUGGAGCGCCAAGACAGCCGACGAAUGGCGCCGACACAUGCUCUUUGCCCUCUCUCCCACCGCGCCCUUCCUCUCUGUCAUUCGCGCCUUGCUGAACAACAAGAACGACGACCCGUUCUCCGAGUCGGCCCUCCUCAUCGCCGACCUCGGCCGACUGUCGAGCUUCCCGCUUUUGAUCCUGAGUCGGACGUUGAGCUACCUUGAGAAGAAGACGGAAGAGGCGCUCGAGCAGGUCGACCCGUUCAAGUCGUUCCUCGGAGGACUCGGCGUCGUCGAAGACCGCGAGGCCGAGAACCGCGACCUGCUGCAGCGCAUCCGAUCGGGGCGGGAGAUCCUUCGCCGACUGCCCGGCGGCAUGGCUCGUGGCGGCGGCGAAGGCUGGUACAACGAGAUCAUUCCUUCGGCGAAAGAUUUCGCGUACGAGGACUCGCCGCCCACCACCUCGUCAAGGUCGUCCUCCUCCAACGGUCCCGUCACUCCUCCUAUGCCGACUCAACAGCCCGCACCCGACGUCGCCGACAUCUUUGCCGAAUUCGAGCCGCAGCCUUACAAGCCUUUCUACGGGCAUGGCGGCGCAACAACGAUCGAGACGUUCGAGCAGGCGCAGGCUCGGCUACAAAAGCACGCGACCAAGCGCGCGGCGGAUGCGCGGGCACUCUGGCCGGAGCUCAUGGGCGUUUGA